AUGGCCCAGAAUGCCCCGCACCUGCCCCCCCCCCCCAGCUCGGGGGGGCUCUGGGACCUCCCAGCGCCCCCCUGGGACCAUUCCCGGCUCCUCUGCCGCUCUGGGACCACCCUGGGACCCCCCCCCAGCAUGGGGGAGACCCCCGGAGGGACCAGUGAGGAGACCCCUGAACAUUCCCGAUUUUGGGGAGGGGGUUCAGAGGCGGGGUCUCCUGGGCGCUGGGGGUUGGUGCCCCCCCCCACGGGGGGGUCCCAGCUUUGCUGUCCCCCCCCCAGGACCCCCAGCCCCCCCGGCCAGGUGUCCCCAGACCCCCCCCCGGCGCCGCCAUCGCUCUCGGAGCCGCUGCUGGGCUCCGACGAGGGGGAGCAGGAGGACCCCCGGGAUUACUGCAAAGGGGGGUAUUACCCGGUUCGGAUCGGGGACCUUUUCCACGGGCGCUACCACGUGGUUCGCAAGCUGGGCUGGGGACAUUUCUCCACCGUGUGGCUCUGCUGGGACCUCCGGAGGAAACGAUUCGUGGCGCUGAAGGUGGUGAAAAGCGCCCCCCAAUACACGGAGACGGCGCUGGAUGAGAUCAAGCUGCUGAAAUGUGUGCGGGAUUCAGACCCCAGCGACCCCAACCGGGAGAACAUCGUGCAGCUCAUCGACGACUUCAAAAUCUCGGGGGUCAACGGUGUCCAUGUGUGCAUGGUGCUGGAGGUGCUGGGGCACCAACUGCUGCGCUGGAUCAUCAAAUCCAACUACCAGGGGCUGCCCCUGCCCUGCGUCAAGAGCAUCGUCCGGCAGGUGCUGGAGGGGCUGGAUUACCUGCACACCAAGUGCAAGAUCAUCCACACGGACAUCAAGCCCGAGAACGUGCUGCUCUGCGCCCCCCAGCCCUACCUGCGGCACCUGGCGGCGCAGGCGGCGCGCUGGGCACGGGGCGGCGGCGCGCCCCGCGGGGCAGUGAGCUCGGCACCCCAGGAGGAACCUGAGCGGCUGUCCCGGGACUCCCCAAAAACCGGGGAAAUCCCCCCAAAAUCCCUAUUCCCCCCCCAGGAGCGGCUGAGCGGCUGUCCCGGGCCCAGCGGCGCCGGCGGCGGCGGCGGCAGCGGCGGCAGCGGCGGCUCCUGGCGGAGCGGCUGCGGGAGCUGGAGCAGGACACGGCGGGGACGGGCAGCGACACCGAAGCCCCCCCGGACCCCCCGGAGGAGUUGGGGGGCAGCCCCCCGAGCGGGGCCUCGUCCUCGGGGGUGCACACGCUGCCGCGGGGGGCGGCUCCAGCGACGGCUUUUCGGGGGGCUCCGGCGCCUCCCGGGGACCCCCCCGGCGCCCCCCCAGCCCCAGCUCGGCCUCGACUCGCUCUUCCCCCCCACCUCGGGCUCCCUCAUCUCGGGGGGCUCCGAGGGGCUCCCCAACCCCCCGGGUGAGGGGGGGCUGCCGGGGGGGCAGGAGAACCCCCUGGACCCCCGCGCUGCCCCACGGCUGCGGGUCAAAAUCGCCGACCUGGGCAACGGCUGCUGGGUGCACAGACACUUCACCGAGUACAUCCAGACGCGGCAGUACCGGGCCCUGGAGGUGCUGCUGGGGGCGGGUACGGCCCCCCCGCCGACAUCUGGGAGCACGGCCUGCAUGGCGUUCGAGCUGGCCACGGGCGAUUACCUGUUCGAGCCCCACUCGGGGGAGGAGUACAGCCGCGACGAGGACCACAUCGCGCACGUGAUCGAGCUGCUGGGGGAGAUCCCGCGGCACGUGGCCCUCGGGGGGCGCUACUCCCGCGAGUUCUUCAACCGGAGAGGUGAGCUGCGGCACAUCCGGCACCUGCGGCCGUGGGGGCUGCGGGCGGUGCUGCAGGAGAAGUACGAGUGGCCGCGGGGGCCGGCGGCCGCCUUCGCGCAUUUCCUGCGGCCCAUGCUGGCCUUCGAGCCUGCGCGCCGCGCCACCGCCCGCCAGUGCCUGCAGCACCCCUGGCUCCGCCCCUAGCCCCGCCCACCGCCACGCCCACCGCCCCAAUAAACCACGGGGGAGCAGCGCCGCAA